AUGCAGUAUGUCAAAGAUCUUAUCAGCAAUACCAUUUACAAGAUUAUUAGUAAGAUUGUGGUCAAUAGGCACAAGAUAGGUAUUGAUGACAUGGUUUCUCCUUAUCAAACUGGUUUCAUCCCCAAGAGAAGCAUCCAUGAGAAUAUUGUCAUGACUAAUGAAAUGGUCCAUAGCAUGAAUAAGCUUAAAGGUAACAAGGACUUUUUUGCUAUCAAGCUGGAUUUAUCUAAGGCCUAUGACAUGAGUUGGAGCUUUAUCAAAAAGGUUAUGCAGCAGGUUGGCAUACCUGAGAAGAUCAAUCAGAUUAUCUUGCAUUGCAUAUCAACUGUCAAGAUAAAUGUGUUGUGGCAAGGUCAAAAGGGAACAAAUAACCAAAAAAACACCUUAAAAGAUCUGAAUAGACAGGUUCGCUCCAGCUCGCACAAUCAAGUCCAAGUUUCUCAAAUGCUGCAAGCACAACAUCGAAAUCAAAAUCGAAAAACAACAGUUCGUUACACUCCAUGA